UUUAAUUUCACUCACCCUGUAGAUCUAAUAAAAGAAAAACUUUGCAAAUUUGCGUAAACUUCACCAUCAAAUCAAACUCUAAACUUUUACAGAAUGAUUUAAUCAUUCUGUAACUCGGCUACUGCCACAACCACCACCAUGCCUUCGAGUAAACUUCACCGUCAAACUUUUAACUUUUUCUCCUACAAAACCCUUGGUUUCCUAUAUUAGAGUCUGUCAAUGGCUAUAGCUGCUAGAAGAAUUGGAGGAGAAAAAAGUUGGUUUUGUCACCUCCACCGUUUGUUCUCUACAAGCACAGAGAACGCUGCCUCAUCUAUUUAUGAUAUUGAAGGAGAGUUCAAAAGCCUUUGCUCUGCAGGACGCAUAAAAGAAGCCUUUAAGACAUACAAUGCAGAAAUAUGGACGGACCAGCAUCUAUUCUCUUAUCUCAUCCAAUCUUUCAUACCCAAAAAGUCCCUAUUGAUAGCAAAACAGCUCCAUUCUUUAGCUAUCACUUCUGGGUAUUACUUCAAAGACAAGUUUGUGAGAAAUCACCUACUGAACAUGUACUUCAAAAUGGGAGAAAUACAAGAAGCUAUAGCAUUCUUUAAUGCAAUGCCAAUGAGAAACGUUAUGUCUCAUAACAUUUUGAUAAACGGUCAUGUGCAACAUGGUGAUUUGGACAGUGCGAUUAAGGUGUUUGAUGAAAUGCCUGAAAGAAACGUUGCUACGUGGAAUGCAAUGGUUUCUGGGUUGAUUCAGUUUGAAUUUAACGAAAAUGGGUUGUUUCUGUUUAGAGAAAUGCAUGAGUUGGGGUUUUUGCCUGACGAGUUCACUUUAGGUAGUGUACUUAGAGGUUGUGCAGGUUUGAGAGCUUCAUAUGCAGGAAAGCAGGUUCAUGCUUGUGUGAUGAAAUAUGGGUAUGAAUUCAAUUUGGUUGUUGGGAGUUCUUUGGCUCAUAUGUAUAUGAAAAGCGGUAGCUUGGGAGAAGGAGAGAGAGUUAUCAAAGCUAUGCCGAUACGCAAUGUGGUUGCUUGGAAUACACUUAUAGCAGGUAAUGCUCAAAAUGGGCACUUUGAGGGAGUUUUGGAUUUGUAUAAUAUGAUGAAAAUGUCUGGCCUCAGGCCAGAUAAGAUUACGUUGGUGAGUGUAAUUAGUUCUAGUGCUGAACUGGCAACUCUUUUUCAGGGUCAGCAGAUUCAUGCUGAAGCGAUCAAAGCUGGAGCUAAUUCUGCUGUUGCAGUGCUUAGUUCAUUGAUCAGUAUGUAUUCAAAGUGUGGGUGUUUGGAAGAUUCAAUGAAAGCUUUGUUGGACUGUGAACAUCCGGAUUCUGUUUUGUGGAGCUCGAUGAUUGCUGCUUAUGGAUUUCAUGGGCGAGGAGAGGAAGCUGUUCAUUUAUUUGAGCAGAUGGAGCAAGAGGGUGUGGGGGGAAAUGAUGUUACUUUCUUAAGCUUGCUUUAUGCUUGUAGUCAUAACGGAUUGAAGGAAAAAGGGAUGGGAUUUUUCAAGUUGAUGGUAGAGAAAUAUGGAUUGAAGCCUAGACUGGAACAUUACACUUGUGUGGUUGAUCUACUUGGUAGGUCGGGAUGUUUGGAUGAAGCAGAGGCCAUGAUAAGAUCAAUGCCUCUUGAAGCAGAUGCUGUGAUUUGGAAAACUUUGUUAUCUGCGUGUAGAAUCCACAGAAAUGCAGACAUGGCAACAAGGACUGCUGAAGAAAUUCUUAGGCUUAAUCCUCAGGAUUCAGCAACUUAUGUCCUCCUGUCAAACAUUCAUGCUUCUGCUAAGAGGUGGAAGGAUGUCUCCAAAGUAAGGACAACAAUGAGAGAUAGGAACGUUAAGAAGGAACCAGGAGUAAGCUGGUUGGAAGUAAAGAAUCGGGUUUUCCAGUUCUCUAUGGGUGACAAAUCUCACCCUAUGUCAGAGGAGAUUGAUUUAUAUUUGAAAGAACUAAUGGAGGAGAUGAGGUUGCGGGGUUAUGUGCCAGAUACUGCCACUGUUUUUCAUGAUACGGACAGUGAAGAGAAAGAAAAUAGCUUGGUCAACCACAGUGAGAAAUUGGCUAUUGCUUUUGGUCUAAUGAACAUUCCACCUGGUUCGCCAAUAAGAGUAAUGAAGAACUUGCGUAUCUGCAGUGACUGCCAUGUUGCUAUCAAGCUCAUAUCCGACAUCAAUAACAGAGAAAUUAUUGUUAGAGAUACUAGCAGAUUUCACCAUUUCAAACAUGGGAAAUGUUCUUGUGGGGAUUACUGGUAAUAGACAGUGCUAAUGCGGUGGUGACAUCAUCAUUGCUUGAAUCUGUGAGAACUAAAACUCAAUAUGCUUAAAGAAACAUGUGUUCCAUCAUAGUGUUGCCCCUUUUGUUUCAAGGGUUGAUGUUAUUCAGAGUUAUUCCAGUUCUCAUAUCACUAGAUCCGCGGUUCUCAUUUGUUUUACUGGGAUGCCUCAAGUUUUUGAAUGGACUUGCAGGUCAGGUAGCGAUCUUGUUGCGUAUGGCCUCAUUCAUUUCCGAAUUUGUUGGAUGAUAUCCUUUUUUACCAAACCUAUUAGCUUCAGUUGAGGACCAACUUGUCCAGGUUUUUCUAUGUUUCAGCACCAUUCCUUUGGUUUCCAUUUUGUGGAUGACGACAUACUUGUCAAGAAGUGAAGCAGCUUUCUUAACCUGCAGAUAUAAAGGAGCACUCGAGUUUUCUUUGAACUUUUUUGUUUCCUCAUCUACGUCCACAUGGUGCCAAAAAUGCUCUUGGAAAACGGUGUAAGAAGAUGUUUAGUAUGAACAAUGUAAGCUUCUGUUCCUCUGAGUUGGUGUGGACACCUUGUACUUCUCCCUUCUUUCCCAGCAAUUGAUGUCAAUGUGGCAAGCCAUGCUGGUAAUAACUUUUCAUGCCUAUAAUACUUCAGGUCAAAUUACAUGUUGUGGUGAACGCAUUGAGAUUGAUAGUGAAGACAGCAAUAGCAAAGAACAUUGUGCCCCCACGUUUAAAAGCAAUAUUAGAACAAAUUCUUACAGAAGCAAUAAUUAGGUUAUACAAGGAUAGCUAACUGGAUCUCAGUAUAUCAUAGAAUCUUGAUUUGGCUGACUUCUUUAUUUUAUUGUAUUUUCCAGGACGUGUAUUACUGCUUCAGAAGUUAGGUUUACCACCUUGUUUCCCUGGGACAGAAAUGGUAGACCAUGUGUUACUUAUGUAAAUGGUUGAAUAAUUUUGCAGUGCUACUUUUUUUAUAUAUAGAAAGAUGUGAUCGACUACAUGUUGGUAAUUGCGAUGAGUUGAGAAAGCAAAUUUUUUAUGAAACUGGUUAUCCACUUCUAUUGCUUCUUUUUUUUUAAUAAAAAAAAAAAGGAAGCAAAAGUGGAGAUAAGGAAACAAAAUUAAGGUUCAUACUAUUGUUCAUGGCAUUUCUCCUCUUGGUGCACAGAUUCCUCAAAAUAAGUCACCAUCAAACUGUAAAACUUUCAAUUUGAUUGAUGAAGAAGCCGAAGGCAUGAUGGACACAGCAGGAUGCAGAGCGAGAAACCAAGGAUACAGCGGUGUUGGUGCAUAAUUUGCAUCGAAGAAAGGGGAGAGGUACGGGCAGCCAGCCAGGAGAGUUGCAGGGUGAAGAGCCCUACGCGUGUAAUUAACUAUUUAGCUAUACCUGACAGUCACGAUGAUAAAUGGGGAUUUUCUCAAGUUACUGUUCCCCAUUCCUCAUUUCCUGAUAACCAAAGGCAGAUGGGCAUAAAGCGGCUUCGAUAUAAUCUUGGUAUUCUGCGUGACUGCAGAUGACAUGAUGAAGUAGCAGAUUAGUUCUUCAUGAUACACGAGGGAGGGAUCUUUAUCCAGUAAAAUGUUGCUGUCUAAUCCUAAAAGCAUAUGAUCAUGUCUGUGUGUUGACUGGAUGGAUUUGGAAUCGAGCUGCACCCCACUAUCCACUACAAGUGGAAACUGAUAAAAGCGUUACGUCUGAAACAAGUGUUGCACGAUUCGCGAUCAAUGCAUUUUCAUGGCUGCAAAUUAGUGGAUUUGUAUGGCUGCCUGGAAGCGUUUGUAAGUGGUCUGAACUGAUGAGUGGUCGCCGCUUUCAGUUGCCAGUAGAAUCCUAAAGCAAUCAUCAACCAAUGUUAUACGCUUCUCUUUGGUUCCAAGAGCUGGAUAGAUCAAAACCUUUUGUCACUCAAUUAUUAUCAAAUGAUAUUUGUCAAUUAUUAUCUGAUA